AUGCAGCUCGUCAACUUCACCGCCCUUAGUCUCCUCGCCUCCUCGGCCUUCGCUGCUUCCUGCUUUGGCAAUCAGCAAAAGGGCAUCGACCAAUUCCAGGACGCAUACUGGGAUGCUCGCGCAAAGAUGUGCGGGAACUCGAACUGUGGCUAUCAGCAGAGUUGCACCACACAAGGUUCCAAGACAAUUCAGGGCCUGAUCAAGCUGACUGUCAAUGUGUCCCUGGAGCGUAAGAACACAGGCAGUAAGAAGGGAUUCAAGGAUUGCUGGGACGCUACUGAGAAUAUUAUUGUUCAGUGUGUCCGAGGCAGUCAACAAAUGAGUGGAACUUGGGAAGCUAAUGGUCAGCUCUACCAGAUUAAUGCGUGGUACAGUUAA